AAAGCGGAGGGCGGGAGUCAGUCAGUCUGUACCUGCCGAUCACGCGCGCAUCUUUCUCGGCAGCGCGCGCUCACUUCUCCAGGUGCGCGAGGGGGUCAGACUCCAACGGACCUGAUGAUGUUCGGGCGCUCCACGUUAUAAGAAAAUAAACAUUUCUGCGACCACAGCUGGGUUAUAUUACACUAAAAACCAGUGAGAGACAGGUUUUGGAGCGAUUUAAAGACUUGUAUGAACUCCCGAGGAGCUGCAAUGGCAUCGAUCGGGGAGUUUGAUCCGUUGAACAGCACCGUACCUGCGACCAAAAUAGAGAUCACGGUAUCCUGCAGGAAUUUGCUGGAUGUUGAUACAUUUUCAAGGUCUGCGCCAGUGGUUGUGUUGUACGUUCAAGGAAUUGGUACUAAAGAAUGGAGAGAGUUUGGUAGGACAGAAGUGAUCGACAACACUCUAAGCCCAGACUUUGUGAGGAAAUUUGUCUUGGAUUUCUUCUUCGAAGAAAAGCAGAACCUUCGAUUUGACGUAUACAAUGUGGACUCUAGAAACAUGUCGAAACAUUCCUUUCUCGGACAGACUUUCUGCACUCUCGGAGAGAUUAUUGGGUCCACCGGGUCAAGGAUGGAACGGGUGCUUUCGGGCAUUCCAGGGAAGAAAUGCGGGAACAUUAUCUUCACAGCUGAGGAACUCAGCAAUUGCCGGGAUAUUGCGACCAUGCAACUCUGUGCUAACAAGCUGGAUAAGAAGGAUUUCUUCGGGAAGUCCGACCCUUUCUUGGUGUUCUACCGAAGUAAUGAAGAUGGCACGUUCACUAUCUGUCACAAAACCGAGGUGGUAAAAAAUACUCUGAAUCCUGUAUGGCAGUCCUUCACCAUUCCAGUGCGAGCUCUCUGUAAUGGAGACUAUGACAGAACAGUGAAGGUUGAUGUUUACGACUGGGAUCGAGAUGGAAGUCAUGACUUCAUUGGAGAGUUUACCACCAGCUAUAGGGAACUGUCUCGUGGACAAAGCCAAUUUAAUGUAUAUGAGGUCUUGAAUCCAAAGAAGAAAGGCAGGAAAAAGAAAUAUGUCAAUUCUGGCACAGUAACACUUCUGUCCUUCAAAGUUGAAUCCGAGUACACAUUUGUGGACUUCAUCCGGGGCGGGACACAGCUCAACUUCACUGUAGCUAUAGACUUCACUGCAUCUAAUGGAAACCCAUCACAGCCGACAUCGCUGCACUACAUGAACCCAUACCAGCUGAACAUGUACGCCAUGGCCCUCAAAGCCGUAGGGGAAAUCGUCCAAGAUUACGACAGUGACAAACUCUUCCCGGCUUACGGCUUUGGAGCGAAACUUCCACCCGAUGGAAAGAUCUCUCACGUCUUUCCCUUGAACUCCGACUGUGAGAACGCAAACUGCGUCGGCAUCGAAGGUGUACUGGAGGCAUAUUACGACUGUCUGAGGAAAGUGCAGCUCUACGGACCAACCAACUUUGCUCCUGUCAUCAACCAGGUGGCACAGUGCGCUGGGGAGGUGACAGACGGCUCUCAAUACUUUGUGUUGCUGAUCAUCACAGACGGAGUUAUUUCAGACAUGGAGCAAACCCGAGAAGCUGUGGUCACCGCGGCGUCUUUGCCCAUGUCCAUCAUUAUUGUGGGAGUUGGUCCAGCUGAAUUUGACGCUAUGGAAGAGUUGGAUGGAGAUGAGGUCAGGGUGUCCUCCAGGGGACGUUUUGCUGAGAGAGACAUUGUCCAGUUUGUGCCGUUUCGGGACUACAUCGACCGAUCAGGGAACCAGGUGCUCAGUAUGGCGAGACUGGCUAAAGAUGUACUGGCCGAGAUACCUGACCAGCUGCUGUCGUUCAUGAAGAGCAGCAGCAUCGAACCCAGACCGUCCCUCAAUCCCUCUCCCACGCCACAGAUAAAUGUCCACCUCUGAUCCUAGAUCAGUCUUUUCUUCGCUCUCCUAAGCAUAGCUACAUAUCUGUCACAGGGAAUGCACAUUUCAACUUUCCGCAUCAGUUAGCAGUAGCACAUUACGUAGUUACACAGUAAUCAACUGAAAUCAGGAAUGUGUUAUUAUAAUGUGUGGUGUUUUGCUUCAUCAUCACUAACAGUUUGUGCUCGCGUAGAAUGGAAAGUUGUGCAUGGAGGGUUCAUCUCAGGAAAACUGUCAGGGAAAUAUUUCAACCCAAAAUCAAUUCAAAAAAGUAAGCAUUACUGGAAAAACAUCUAUUAUUUUACAGUAAUGGGAAGGAAAAUUACCGCUUAAUUGUCAUGAAAGUAAUGCAAACCAAUCAAAAAAUAGGCUUAUUUUUUAUAUCUUAAAAUGUAAAUCUCUUUGAUUUUGGGUUGAAAUGUGACAAUUUUUCCCAUGAGAUUCGCCCAGGCCUGAAGAAACAGACUUUAAAAGCGCGCAAGUGCAAGCUGUGUCGUACGCCGUAAUACCCAAACGCACCACAUGCAAGCACAUCGAUAUAACUCUCAUUGUGCCUGACGUCUUUACAUUCCACGUAGUUUCGUAGGCCCGGAUAAUUUUCUCAUUCUCACUGGCCGAAUCCGAGGCAGGAGCGCAUACUUCCGAGUAUGUAAAUAUUUUUCAAUUUGUGCUCGGUAUUGAAAGGAGGUAAUAAGUAGCUACGUCUGCCAGGAAAACAGAUGCCUGCGCGGGAACACCAACGCACACGGAGCCUUCCGCACACCAAAUGUGGAUACGGCUAAUUACCUGCUGAAACCAAGGUGCCAAUCAGUGCGAUUCAACCAGAGAGAGGAAGAUUGAGAGAAGAAAUAUCUCCAGCUUAAUCAGUAGAGGUUAAUGGGCACAGGAAGUAGGUAGAUGAAUAUCAUGACAAAGACAAAUCAGGUGAUCAUCUGAACGAAACUGCAAGGAGAGAUAGAGGCGGAUUAUACAGGUAAGUCUCACCGUGAAAUGCCCUGGUCAUAUUUCACCCCAAAAUUAAAAUGAGUCAAAAAGUAAUUGUAUUGUGUGUGUGUGUGUGUGUGUACACUUGUAUAUGUGGUUUACGAGGAUGUAUAGAGAAAAGUGGGGCACAAACUAAUGCAGGGUUAAUCGUAACACAGCUACUUAACAUAUUUAUACAGGGCCGAGCAAUCUGUGCUUUUUUUUUUUUCAGAAGAUGAUCUCCUGAGAAUUUGUGAAAAGUUUUUUUUAUAUUGAACAAAGAGUGUUUUGGAGGCAUGAAGGUAAAUUUCUUCAUCUUAUGUUUUUUCUUUUUUUUUAUUGGGUAUGUAAGUCACCAAAUCAACAUUAUAUUAUUUAAAUCGCCGUCUUGUUACCUAAAACAUAACACCGUUUUGAAACAUGUCAGCAACUCCUAGUAACUGAUAGCUGGGAUUGAAACAAUUUUUACACAGCGGGGUUAGUUGUAACCGUGUUACAAUUAAGCCUCCAGUAUAUAAUGAUAAUGAAAACAAUGUUAAUACUAUGAAUCAAAAUGAUAAAUUAUCAGGGGAAAUCACUCACAAUUAUGAUAUUUUUGUCCUAACUGUCAGCACCGCAACUCCCACCACGCACAUUACGCGCUGUGCGUAGGGCACCAAGUGCGGAGGGGGCACCAAAAAUAGCCUAAUGAAAAAAAUUAUAAUGCUGAUAUUAUUUCAUUAGCCUAUAGAAAUAUUUUAGGCACUUUUUAGCCAUGUAUAUGUAACAAAAAAGGCGGAACGAGAUAAUUUAAUUGCUCUUGGCUAGAAAGUUUGCCCCCUCGCCUUGGACGGAAGUUUCAAGACAGUAGGCAACUUUUAUGGAAAUGGCCCCGAAAAGACAGCAGGAUUUAGGAUCUGAGAAAAGAAAGAAGAAACUGCGAGAUGAUGCCCGUGCAUUACUUGUUAUAAUUUAUAACUUCGGUGCAAGCUAAAUUGAUAUUUUACUGUUAAAGGUGACAUAGAAUGAUUGAACGGGAUAUUUAUCCUUGUUCUGUGAUGUGAGAUGUAGACCAAAAUGUUUUUGUUUGGGUCUGUAAUGCCGUAGAAGCUUCCUAAAAACCUCUCUCAGAUAGCUCUAUUGGGGUGGGGGAUUUUAAACAAAUGGUUUUGCAACUAUUUGGCUCCCCCUACUGGCUUAACUUGCAAUCUCAUCACUGAUUGGCUGACUUUGCUGCCACUCAUAAAAUGUAGCCAAUUAUUUUAAAGUGGAGGGGCAGUGAGAUGCCUGUGAUGUCAUAAGAAUCAGUUUUUCAGAUUGGGCCGUUUUCUGGCUGACACUUCUAAAAGAGGAAUUUCUAUGAGACUGAGAUGUUUAGCAUGUUUAGCACUUUUUGUAUGUUCGUGAAUGGGGGUAAACUACCAUUAUUCAACAAAGACAAGGUAAAAAUGGUUUUUCAUUCUCUGUCCCCUUUAAACAUUACCUCUGCAUAUGCAUUUUACAAACAUCUGACAUCAGCUAGCUGUUACUUUCUUUACUAUCUUUCCUUAGAUAUUGAGCAGUAGUUUAUGGUUUAUUUUGAGGUGACGGUGGGGCAUCAUAAAGGAAUUCAUGCUUAGGGCACCAAAAUGGCUAGCAGCGGCACUGCUAACUUUGCAGCCCUUUCAAAAACACUAUUUAUAUGCAUUGAGGCAUAAUACAAGGAUGGUUAGAUGAAUGAUCAUGGAUGGAUAAAUUUUGACAUUGAUUGUUUCAUAUACUUACAAAUACAGCACAAAUUUAUAUAUUUCAUGGAAAAAAUUGGGAUUAAAUGGGUUAAGUUUAGGGGUUGGGUAAAUGGUGAUAUAUGGCAAAUAAACAAAACAUUACAUCUAUGGGGAGUCCCCAUAAACCACAUAUACAAGUACUGUAUGUUUGCUCGCAUUUUUGCUUGGAUCAUGAAAUUUUAAUGCAACCCAACUCUUAUUGUAAUAUCUCCCCAUGGUAAUAUUCAGCAAAAUAAGCAAUAAUUAUAUUUAUUACAAAAAAAUGCUACAGUACAACUUACACUUAUUGCACUUUACAGAUUAAUACAGUUAGAGAUUAUAUAUAUAUAUAUAUAUAUAUAUAUAUAUAUAUAUUGGCCGACAAUUGGGUUGGAAAAUAUGCAGCAUAUUUUUGCUUUCAUAACUGUGACCCAGUCUGUAAAAACCCAGCUGAAGUCAUUUAUUCUGAUUUACAUUAAAUAUUCCUAAAUAAUGUAAAGAACAUUCUGUGAAAAUAUACCCUUGAUAUCCUUAAUAUUGACUGAGUAAGGUCAUGUCAAAUAUUGAAAUUAAUGUGAGUGAAAUCGAACUUCGAUGCUCCCAAUCUCAUAAUUGGCUUAUGACACCUCAGCCUGGAUUUCACAGACAGGGUCACCAAAUUUUUGUUGAUUUCGGGGUGAAAUAUUUCAGGGUGAGAUUGACCCAUAUGCACACUGCCAUGCUGAAAUUUCCGACUGCGGUUCAAAAGAUGAUUGUAGACUCAAUGAAUGUUUGCAGAGACUGGAACAUUACAUUGGAAACUAUUUUUCAUUCAGCAAUUUUGCUGUAUAUAACAUAAAGCGCAAUAACGUUUUACAUAACAAUUUGUGGAUGUAUUACUGUACGUUUACAGUCCCUGUUCCUGUGAUCAAAAUGUUACCCAGACUUUUAUGUUGAAUGCCGUUUUGAUAUCCAUAUAGUGAUAUCAAUAUUUAUGUAUAUAUACACACACAGUAUAAAUAUACUAUUUAAAGUGUUUUAACUGUUGCUGUAGAGUUAACUUUAGAUUUGUUUGUUUGUUUCAUAGUAAAGACAGCUGCUUGUGCCAAAGUGCUAUAAUGUCCAACAUUCACUGCCAAGGCUGUGUAUCAAUACAUGUGAGCCUUUUAUAUCCUCUUGUUGUGUUUUUAAUAAAGCAUGAAUGUCUUGUGACUUGACUUUUGAAGGGUGUAGCAUGCUUAACCAAAGGAUAGACAUAAAGGUUAUAAAGCCUGUUUAAUAUGAGGUAUCUCUAUGUAUAGCAUCUGUUUCAUGCAUUUGAUUACCACAAAAAAUACUUUUGACUUAUCGGAAGGUUUAAUGGAAUGGAGCACAGAUGGAUCACUUACACCCAGCAUGAACAUGAGUUUUUAAAUGAUAUGCUUUUUUAAUCAUGCAGAAUGCCUUGCACCACAGACCUCCAUUGAAAAUGCUUUUUUUGUUUAUACCAAUUGAGUACAAGUAACAUUAUUUUCAGUAUACCACAGAUGCUUGUUUUAACGUAUACCAUUCCUUCAAAUGGACCAAUAAUUUUGUUUGUGUACUUGAAUGGUCGCAAAAUGUGUGUCUGAUGUUGUUCAGACCAAACCUGAGAUGAAUAGAAACAAAUACAGCUAAUAAACUUUUUCUUCACUUUGA